AUGCUUGCGGGUGGUGCGCGAGUGUAUUCCGUUGAAGGAUGCCAAAACGGAGUGCAGAAUGGAGCAGAUGGAGCAAAUGGAGCAGCGAGUGGACAAGGAAAAGCACUAGAACGCCAAGCCAAGGCCGGGGAUGGAGAUGGGUCCCGGCGAAAGAGUCAGGCAAGGCAGAAGAAGGAGUUCAGAAAGAGGCGACAACGGGCCCCAUCAGGCGAACCGGAAGACGGUCAGAAGCAUGAGACUGGGUUGCACGCCGGAGACAACGGGGGAAUGGCGAUUGGAGGCUUAGUUAGGCUCCAAAGUGGAUGGGCCUCCAUCGCUCCAGAAUCCAGAACCCUGCCAGGCCAAACGCUCCACGCUCCACGCUCCACGCUCCAAUGCUCCACACGCGCCGCCUCGCCUGGGCCCUUAUUAACCGCUUGGUGGGACUGGGAUGGCCCCCCCCCUCCCCCGAAAGGUCUAGAGGGAACGGAUGGGACGGGCGGACACAGUCGGAGGGUCGGACAGACCGGACGGGCCAGAGGGCGCGUGGAGUCGUGGGAUCUUGUUAGUGAGCGUGCGACCCAGUCGGAAUGGGGAACGGAGGAAUGGGAUUGCGACGUCUGGGCAUCAGCUCCUGUCUUCAGCGUUCAGAAACAUGACAUGAGAGCAAACAAGCUUUUUUUCCCCGCUGGAGAAUUCCCAUCAGGCCACGCUCUGUGCCAGAUUGUCAGAAACCAUGGGCCGCGAGGGCCUAGAUGCUCAUGGACCUUCUGCAGCACCGGUGGCGGACGCAAGAACAUCAACGACACUUGGUACCACGUCUUGGCAAUCAUGCCCCAAGCCCACGGCAAGUCUUACGGUACAGCAGCAGAGCCAAUGCGUACAGAGCAUGUACGAAGCUCUCUAGCUCCCGCAGGGUUGGCGGUCCAGACCUCGACUUUCAACGCGCUGGACUCGUCGGAUGUCGGGAACGCAGCGACCAAUUUAUCAGCCAAAACCCGCACACGGUUAUUAUGGGCGACUCGUCACACUGGUGGCGUUUACCAUCGCCCAUCCUUACAAUCCCAUAGUGGUGCCAAGGAGACUCGCGUUCUCGAGUUCCCCUUCUCGGGAUGGCCCUGUGGAGACCAAGGUCGUCAGAGGCGCAUUGACAGUUGCCACGACGGCGCCGCUCCAAGCCUCAUCGCCUCGUCGGGUUUGGGGAUUCUACGGCAAUGGGCAUUUGGCCAUAGGCAAAGACGCGAGAAUCGUGAUGGAGGGGCGGGGCCGAGUCAGAGCAAAAAGUUCCCGAUUAUGACCGGAGCGCUGGCCAAAGGACGAUUGGACAACUGGCGUCAUACAUCCAGAAACACCGAUGACGAUCGUCGUGGUCUAGAACGGUCCCUCGCGAGCGCCCUGUGCCGCCGUGGACACUCCGCAAGCCUGGUGCCCCUUGCCGCCUCAUGCUCUGGGGGCUCCGUCAGUGCUCCAUCAAUGCUCCAUCGCGGCUCCAUCACAGAAGCCAAGCUCCCCAAACGUCUUGGGAAGACCCACGCCGCCCAGGAAUCCUCAAGUGAGACUCUUUGCUCGCUGGGCUGCCACACACCCACCACGCGGCCCACUGCCUUCGACGGGAUGCCCAGGGCCUUGGCUGUUGCGCCGGCUCCCACCAAGAGCGCAGACCAGAGGGCAGGCUGGCGCAGUCCGGCGGUUUGA